CUGGUGUCCGCUUCUUGUCCCUAACGUCACUUUGAAUACAACAUGGCUUCCACCAACAGCCGAGAAUGGAAGGCGGUGUGCGAGAAAUUUCGCCAAGCCCAAGAUCUUUCCGAAAUCGAAUCGCGAAAAGAUCCCGAAAACGACCCUUUCCGCUCUAAGUACAAGGCCAGGGAGCUGCUGAAGGAGAUUCACUGUACGGUUAAAAAUUUCGAGGUAGACGACCGCGAGAACGAGGACCGGGAGACGGACGGUCAGUCAGGAGAGCACGGAGACGGGGAGGCGAUAAAUGGAGGAGUCCAUCAAGUGCACGCGGGCGACUCUCGAGCAGGACUCCGAGCCGCCAAACUCGGAGUGAUUGAGUAUUACCUGGGUGUGAACCAUAUCGAAACCGAGGAGCUCUCCGCUGGCGAAGAGUACUUAAUGACCUGUCUGAAAUUACUAGAUGAGUGUACGGUAACACGGGAAAACGUCUCGCUCCUCAUACAAGUCAGGAACCAACUUGGCAUCUUAUGGGCCGGACGUGACGAAACCGAGACAGCUCAAGGCUUUUUAGAAAAGGCCGAGUCGAUUUAUACACACUACAUGAAAGAGGAUGGCCAACCACCUUUGGAUUUGGUAGAUUUCUUUGUGCUAGAAGAAGAUGCACCAUCCCAGCAAGAGAGAAUAAGGAGAUUUGAAAUGGCGUACACGCACACACUUUAUUAUCUGGCUCAAGUGUAUAAAAAUAUGGGUCAGUAUGAGAGAGCAGGACAGUACUGCCACAGCACAUUGCAGAGGCAGCUAAAGUUCAGCCAGUUUGUGCCACUCGAGUGGGCCAUCAAUGCUGCCACACUGUCGCAGUAUUAUAUAACCAAGACACGGUACAUGGAGGCACGACACUGUUUGGCUGCAGCUAAUGUCAUUGCUGGUCUGGCUGGAGAAGUUCCUUCAGAGGCUGCUGCCAAAGAAAGUGAAGUUGAAUAUGAAAAACGUGAGCAGCUGCGUCAGAAAAGAGCUGAAAUCGCAAGGUGCUGGAUCAAAUAUUGCCUUAAUCUUUUACAAGAUGCCAAAAAGCUUCUGGAGGACAACAUUGGGGAGCUAGACCUGGACCGACAGGAAGAGCUGCAAAGAGCCAGAAGGGGCGAGGAAGAGGAAAAAGAAAGAGGAAGAAAAACGGCAUUUCUCUUUGAUUCCACCGACACGUUCGAUUCCAUUUGCAGCCAGGAGGAGAAGGUGAGCUGCAUAUUUCCAUUGAGCUUUGAUGAAGCCCGCGCUAUCUUUCUGGUGGGUCAGAACUACGUGACGCAGGCCAAGGAGUAUUUCGAGAUGGAUGGUCAUGUAACCGACCACAUUGAGAUCCUUCAGGAUCACAGCGCUCUUUUUAAGGUCCUGGCCUUUUUUGAGGAGGACCUGGAGCGCCGCUGCAAGAUGCACAAGCGUCGCGUGGACAUGCUCGAGCCCAUCUGCAAGGACCUGAACGCUCAGUACUACUUACUGAUCUGCCGACAGUUGCAGUUCGAACUCGCUGAGACCUUCUACGAAAUGAUGGACCUAAAACUGGCUGUGGCAGAAAAGCAGGACCAGCCAGAUGCACACACCAUAAAGAAGUUCAACCACUUGUGCUCAGCAUCCAUCAAAUAUUACCAGACGUUUCUCGACUCCAUUCGUUCACCAGAGGGAAAGUUCCCUGAAAAACUCGAAGACGAUGUGCUGAGGCCGGCACUGGUGGCUAAGUUUCGUAUUGCUCGACUUCAGUCUAAGAUCAUCACAGGAAACCUGGCCACUCAACUGGAGAAUCUCAGCCUCUCACUGGAGUCUUACAACUUUGUUGUGCAGUAUUGUGAGAACCACCCAGAAUCCAAGAAAUCUGUGGAAACUGAACUGGAGCUGAGUGAGGAAAUGGUGUCCCUCCUCCCUAUAAAGAUCAACAGAAUACAGGGCAGAAUUGCUUCCUCCAACUAAGAUGAAAUAGUGAUCACUUUCUAAAGAUGAUUACAGAUUGUAGGAGAGCUGACAUGGAAAUAAAACUACUUCUAUUCCACUUUAACUCUACCCAUCAGAACAGAAUAUAUACACUAAUAUCAAUCUUCUACAAUAUUAGUGACACUCCCACUCCCAUUUCCCAGUCGGAUUUAGCUGUCAUUUAAUUCAUUUGCUUGUACAAACUUUAGAGCAAACUAGCUUUGAGAUUUCCUGUACUGUCCUGGCCAAACUGCAUGAUUAUCACUAAUUUAUUAACAUGUCUAUCACAUCUGUUCAAGAUAGCAAUGCUAAACAUGAUAUAACUGUUAAACACAUUUAUGCAUAAUAAAAAAAAUAAAAAAAU